AUGGCCACAAGUGAACUGAGACGUCGUGAUAGACGUGGAGCUAAGCCCCAACAUCUGUUGUACGUGGCGAUGAAGAUACUCCGUCUGCGCGUUUCGGAGGGACUACAAUGCACUUUCAAAUGCAUGGCAACCGCGAACAUUACACGUGCCAUGUUGAGCGACAAAGAGUUUUUGGAAAAGUGUAUCGAUCGAAAUCUGUCAUUUCUAAAGUCGAUUCCAAACUCUGUGCAAUACUGGCAGCAACGCAAACGUGACCUGUUUGCAAUGAUCCGGCAAUUAGGAAAACCAACUAUGUUUCUAACAUUGAGUGCAAGUGAAACAAAAUGGCCUCAAUUGCUCCGAACACUGCACAAGCUAUCGGAUAGAUACAUGGAUAGCGAUGUGCAAGACAUUAUGCAGCAAUUAACGGCACUACAGCGAGCAACUCUUGUCAACGAGGACCCAGUAACAUGCUGUGUAUACUUCAACAAACUGGUUGAUGUUAUCAUGCAGUUGUUACAGUCGACCAGGUACAGUCCGUUCGGUCAGUAUCGAGUGGUGGAUUACUUUAAGAGAAUCGAAUUUCAACAUCGAGGUAGUCCACAUGCUCAUAUUCUACUCUGGUUGUCUAACGAUCCAGGAGAGGAUGUCUCAGAGAAUAUGCCCGCAACAAUUCAACUCAUCGACCAUUUGUGCUCCGUAAGAGAUGCUGAUUUGCCGGAGAGCUACGGUAAUCAAGUGCAUAAACACACUUUUACCUGCUAUAAACGGAACGAUAAACGAUGCCGUUUUAAAAUACCAUACUGUCCAAUGGAUCAGACAAGAGUUCUUUUGCCGAUUACUGCUAGCGAUGGUCGCCGUGAACAGUUGAAAAGACGGUCUGGGACGAUGCAAAAUGUACUGGAGGCGAAAAAAUUUGACACCCUGGAUCAAUUUCUCGAAGAUUGCAACUGCACGUACGAGUACUAUUUGGAUGUCAUACGUGCAUCGAUAAAUCGACCAACCGUUUUGCUCAAAAGAUCGUUGUCGGAAUUAUGGACAAACCCGUUCAAUCCGUGGAUAGCUAACAUACUUCGCUCUAACAUGGAUCUCCAGUUCAUUCCGGAAGUGUUCUCAUGUGCUGCGUAUGUCGUGGAGUAUGUCAACAAGACAAAUCGUGGCAUCAGCAGCUUGCACUGCGAUUUGGUCAAGCUCCAGGAAGAAUAUCCAGAUCAGGAUUACACGGCACUGCUGAAGAAGCUCAGCCUUAAAAUGCCUAAUUCCGUAGAAAUGUCUGCUCAAGAGGCCGCCUGGUACUUACUUCGCCAGCCGAUGUCGGAAGCUAGUCGGAAGGUGGACUUUCUUCCGACAAUGUGGCCCCACGAGCGUAUCAAAUCCCGGAAACGCGCUCAGCAAAUGGAUGAGGAAGGCUUGGACGAGGACUCAACGGAUGUAUGGACUCUCAACAUCGUUCAGAAAUACGAAGCGCGUGAAGGUUUGGAUGAUGUAUGCCUAGCAGAUUUCGCGGCUUGUAUGAACGAGUUGGUGGAGUAUAAGCGAGAGAUGGUCCUUUUGUUCGUGCUGUUCAGAAACGAACUGUGCGAUAUUCUCGACGGCAAUAAGUUUCUUACUUUGUACGAUCGCAGUGAAACAGAUAUUAUGAGCAAGUGCAAAGAGUAUUCGACGGAUUUAGACCUGGAACGCACCGUGCAAGAAUAUCUUCGCUUGUGCGCUGAAGAUGACGCUCAACAAAAUAUCGUCAGCGAGAGGCACGAUGAGUUUGUUCGAACGAUUGCUAUGCAUCCAAAUGACGACGAUAUCACUCAUCUGCCCAUUGGUUCUUUGUCGGCAGUUAAACAGCGCACAAAUGUCAUGAGUAAGCAGGAAUUUUGUGCCAUGGUGCGGACAACAAGUGCCGAGCAGCGAGAUUUGGUGUUGGAAGUGAUUGACAGAUUGCACGCUUUCGACGGCAGCAGUAAACCACUACAAAUUUUCUUCACCGGUCCUGCAGGUUGUGGUAAAACGUUCACGCUUCGGAUCCUGAUGGAGACAUACAAUCGAUUUAGCCAGGCGCACAACUCGCAAGAGAAUGCAUACGUGGCAUGUGCUUCGACCGGAAAAGCAGCAGUUGCAAUCAACGGCACAACUGUUCAUUCGGCAUUUCGAAUAACGAUGUCUCGAAGAAACAAUGCCAGUUUGAGCUUCGAAGCACUUCAGCUGUACCGAAACGCAUUCGCUAAUGUUAAGGCAGUCAUCGUGGAUGAAGUCAGCAUGAUUGGUGCAGACGUACUAAAUAAUGUGCACACUCGUCUCCAAAACAUCACCGGUAAUUACGACGAUCCCUUCGGAGGUUCUGACAUAAUUUUUUGUGGAGACUUACGUCAACUACCGCCAGUGAAUGCACGACCGGUAUACAAACCAUGCACAAAUUCUAUUCACGGUGCCGUUUUGUGGCAGUCUCUUGAGUUCUUCCCGUUGUGCGCCGUUUUCCACCGAAACGCUGACGUUGAACGAUAUAAUCGCGAAUCGUUAAAUGUGAUGCCCGGAUUGGAUUGUACAGCUGAAGAUGCAUUUGCCGGAUACAACAAUGCUGAACAACUGGCAAGUUCCCGCACCAAGCUGUACAAAAUGAGUGUGGCAGAAACCGGAUGUUUGCCUUACAUGGUACGCCUUGUCCUAGGAAUGCCAUACAUGGUGACCACGAACGUCGAUGUUGAAGACGGGCUUGUAAAUGGUGCGAUUGGAGAGCUGAAAUGUGUGGAGCAUGACGAAGAUGAUGCUCAUGAGGAAAUCGUCAAAUUGUGGAUCAAAUUUGACACCCGACUAGACCCCCAUUUCCAGACAGCAAACAUCAAGCUCAGCAUUUCAGCAAACAUCAAGCUCAGUAGUGGCAUCAAGUGUAAACGUAUACAGUUCCCAAUUGUGAGCGCAAGUGCAUUAACGGUUCACAAGUCGCAAGGAGGAACUUUCAGCGAAAUCGUAUACGACUACGACAAAAGUCAGGACCAACAGCUGGUAUACGUUGGCCUGUCCCGAGUUACAUCUCUCGAUGGUCUUUAUCUGACAAAUUCCGCCAACGCAUUUAUGUUUCACCAUGCUAGAGGAAGCAAAUCGCCGAAAAUGUUAGAACUGCGAAGCGAGUUACAACGGUUGGACAAUCAUCGACUUCGGACGCUUGCUGAACAGAUCAUGGAUGUCAUGCAGAACAGUGGGUGUGCUUGUACACUUAUGACUAUGAAUGUACAAAGCCUUCAGGCGCACUCGUUAGACAUUGCUACUGAUCGUAUUCUAACCAACGUUGAUGUAUUGGCAUUGAGCGAAACAUGGCUAGACAACGGAACAUUUGACGAAAUCGCCGGAUUCAAGCGAAUCAUCCAGUCAAAGCGUGUUGGUGCGAGAGCAGCGGGUGUUGCAAUUUACCAGAAGGACACCAUACCUACCAUAGCAAUACCUCAUACCAACUGA